AUGAACGAUGACCAAGUAAAUCAGGAAUCGCUAUCGCCAUGCGAAUUGGAAGGAGUUGAUGGUGCGUGUGGUAUGGAGGAGCGUACACCACAAACCGUCGAGCGUUUAGUAGAGCGUGCCCUCCAGAAGCGUGCCGAUGCAACAUUUGAUCUCCACAGGCGGCUGGCAAGGGUUGUUUCAGCUGACUCGAAAGGCUGCGGUUGCCUCACGGAGGAGGACGAUGAAGGCGAUGUGGAGUACAAGUGGCGACUUACAAACGUUACCCCAAGCCGAUUUGAGCACCUCGUGACGCAACUGCGCUUUCGUGUGAGGGAGGGAAACGGACAAUGUCUUUAUGAACUCGGUAUCGCCAAUGACGGUUCACCAAGGGGACUAUUACUACAUGACUACCAGGAGUCGGUGAGGACACUGCAAAGAAUGGCGAAAUCACUUGGUCUUGAUUUUACCAUUUUACAGGAAUUUUUGGUGCAGUCGAAUCCAGUUCCACUUUGGUGUGGUGAGAUUCUCAUGACGCAGCGGCAGGCGGAAGUGCAGGAUGGAAAAAUUGCAUUUUGUGGGAUUGCGGGCAGCGGAAAGUCCACGCUUAUUGGUGUACUGCUCACUGGACAUCUUGACGAUGGUGCGGGCAGCGCACGUCAACUACUUUUUAAUCACAAACAUGAAAUUUUUACGGGGAAAACAACCUCUAUUGUAGCUCGGACUCUUUCCAUAGAUGGUGGUGAAGGAAAAAGUGGGAAUAAUGCUCUUCUUCAAUCAACAGGCAUCGAUGGCACUUCACGCUCGCUUGCAAUGAUAGAUCUCGGCGGAGAUGUAACAAAACGAAUGCUUUUUGGUUUGAUGAGCCGUUGUCCUGAUUUCACCGGCAUAUGUAUUUCUAUAGAACAACCAGCGGAAGAAGUCGUACGAUACGCACAACUCUGUCGUGCCAUGCAUUUUCCUUUUUUUGUUGUUGUUACCAAACUCGAUCUUGCACUUGAUAUUGAGAUUGAUGCCUUUCUACUUGAGUUAGCGGUUGAACUGUCGUCGGUAGGUUGCGAUUCCGUUCUCCUGGUGGAUGUCGACGGCGUUGACAGCUUUCAGCGGUUAUGGAAGCAGUCGAAUCAAGUUCCCGUGUUGCGUGUUUCCUCCGCGGAUGGAUCUGGCAUCGAGCUCUUUAAACACUUUAUAGCCUCCCUUCCCACUGGUGCUAUGCCAGUUACACCCGAUCGAAAGUUUGAGGUUCUCCUCGACGGGAGCUUUUUUGUUCAUUCCGUCGGCCCCGUUGUGCGUGGCCACGUGGCGAGCGGUUCUGUAGAGUUGGGGUGUCAUUGUCGUAUUGGGCCGGACUUGGAGGGGAAGUUUUAUCCCGUAGUAGUUCAAGGAAUUCAUGUGGGCGGAUCACAUGUCACGCGUGUGCGGCCGCCUGACGAGGCCACGUUUGCUUUAUCCGAUCUACCAAGCAGUGUGGACAUGACGCAGAAAGGAAAGCUCUUAAUUUCAACCUCUGUUGAAGUUUUUUGGGCAUUUGAGGCACGUAUAAAAGUGCUCUCACGGGGCAUCACACCUCGGUUGCAGCCAAUUCUUUACACAAGCAAUAUGCGACAGGCUGUGAGGAUUAUUCCUCCGUUUCCCAAAGAGGCUGCAGCGUUCGACAAGGGGUGCGUUGUGCGAUUUCAGUUUCUGUACCAUCCGGAGGUGCUUCGGGAAGGCGCCAGUGUCAUUCUUCAGUGGAAUCCUGAGGGCAUAGCUGUUGGGGAAGUGAUAACAUUGUUUUCUCGUUACCAACCUCCAGAAGUGGAUUAG